GCAAAGCAGUGGGCGUGACUUAGGGCGGUGUGUGUACACACAAGUGUACUGUGAGGGGGAGAAUGAUGGCACCUGGCUUGGGUGUGCUGUGCGUUUUGCUACUACUAGUGGCCGAGGGACCCGGGGUGUCUGGGAGUGGGGGUGGGGGAGACAGUAGCCUGCACCAAUCAUCUCCACUCUUCAACCCGGACCUGGGCAGACAUGCGGGGGGCUGCAGUCAUAGGGACCCCGAGUCUGACUCCGCUUGGGACCUGGAGGAAUGUGAUUCAGCAUUUCUUACCUUCCGUGCUAUGGACUGUGAACCAAGAGGAUCACCAGCUUGUGAAUCUAUAGUUUCACGAAAUACAGAAAAAAUCUUGAGCCAAGCCAAAUCUCUGGCUGAACAAAGGAGACUACCUUUUGUCACUGAAGAUGAUGAUAUAAACGAAGAGUUGGCUAUAGGAUACGUGUUAAUAGGGAGUGGCCUGCAUGAUGAAGCAAUUAAACAUUUCUCAUCCAUGCUUCAGGAUGAUGCUGAGCUUGUAAGUGCUAUAUAUGGCAGAGGAAUAGCAUAUGGCAAAAAAGGAUUACAAGACAUAAAAAAUGCAGAAUUAGCAUUAUUUGAACUCAGUCGGGUUAUCAGCUUGGAACCUGAUCAUCCAGAAGUAUUUGAGCAGAGAGCAGAAAUAUUGUCUCCCCUGGGACGGAUUAGUGAGGCACUGAGUGACCUGACUAGAGCUAUCCAGCUACAGCCAUCAGCACGAUUAUAUAGGCAUAGAGGAACACUUUAUUUUAUAUCUGAGGAUUACAUUGCAGCUCAUGAGGAUUUUCAGCGCUCCCUAGAACUGAACCAGAACCAACCAAUUGCAGUUUUAUACAAGGGCUUGACAUUUUUCCACAGAGGACUGCUGAAGGAAGCUAUUGAGUCAUUUAAAGAAGCCUUGAAGCAGAAAUCAAACUUUAUUGAAGCAUAUAAAAGCCUUGGUCAAGCUUACAGGGAACUUGGUAAUUUUGAAGCCGCCAUGGAAAACUUCCAAAAAGCCUUAAUGCUGAAUCAGAAUCAUGUACAGACACUUCAGCUAAGAGGCAUAAUGCUUUACCAUCGUGGCAGUCUACAAGAAGCAUUAACAAACUUUAAGCGAUGUUUGCAGCUGGAACCCUAUAAUGAAGUCUGCCAAUACAUGAAAGGACUCGGCCAUGUCUCUAUGGGGCAUUUCUAUGAAGGAAUUAAAGCUCAGACCAAAGUAAUGUUAAAUGAUCCACUACCUGGUCAGAAGGCAAGCCAGGAGUAUUUAAAAGUAAAGUACUUAAGAGAGUACUCUCGCUAUUUGCAUUCACAUCUUGACACUCCAGUGACUGAAUAUAAUAUUGAUUCUGAUCUGCCUGGAAACUUUAAAGAUCACUGGGCAAAAAAUCUCCCCUUUUUAAUAGAAGAUUAUGAGGAACAGCCAGGACUACAACCUCACAUAAAAGAUGUUUUGCCUCAUAAUUUUGAAAGCUACAAACCAGAAAUACAGGAACUUGUAUGUGUAGCAGAUCGCCUGGGAGCUUUAAUGCAGUAUGAAACAUUGGGAUUUCUUCCAAAUAGGAGAAUUCACAGAGCAAUGGGUUUGGCUGCUCUUGAAGUCAUGCAGGCAGUGCUGAGGUCUUGGACAAACUCAAAAGUGCGAAUUAAUGGGAAAACCAGACUAAUGCAGUGGAGAGAUAUGUUUGACAUUGCAGUUAAAUGGAGAAGGAUUGCAGAUCCUGAUCAGUCUGUUCUAUGGUUAGAUGAAAUGCCAGCUCAGAGUCUCAUCAGGGGCUUCAACAAUCACAUCAACCUCAUCAGAGGUCAGGUAAUCAACAUGCGAUACGUGGAAUAUUUUGACAAGAUUUUAAGCUUUAUAAAGGAAAGAAUUCUUAUAUUUCACAGUGCCAACAAUCCAAGAGGUAUAUUGGAUGUCAAAGAGGCAUUGGAGAAGGUUCAAAAGGUAGAAGAUCUUUUACCAAUAAUGAAGCAGUUAAACAGCAAAACAAGAGAUGGGUUCACAGUGAACACAAAAGUUCCCAGCCUCAAAGAUCAAGGGAAAGAAUAUGAUGGAUUCACAAUAACUAUAACAGGAGAUAAAAUUGGUAACAUAUUGUUCUCAGUGGAGACUCAGACAACAGAGGAAAGGACACAAUUGUACCAUGCAGAGAUGGAAUCUCUUUAUAAGGAUCUCACUGCUAAGGGAAAAGUAUUGGUGCUUUCUACAGAGCUGGGAGAGGCAGAUGUUGUGUGUGAACUCAUUCUGUCAUUGGUGUAUUAUUUCUACAAUUUAGUGCCACUCUCCAGGGGAUCCAGCGUGGUCGCGUAUUCUGUAAUUAUGGGCGCUCUGAUGGCCAGUGGCAAAGAAGUCACUGGAAAAAUUCCAAAAGGAAAGCUGGUUGAUUUUGAAGCCAUGACCGCACUGGGAACUGAAGCAUUUAGCAAAACUGCAAAAAGCUGGGUGAACCUUACAAGCUUGGAUCCAUCAUUCAAAACCCUCCCAUCUGUGUCUGAAUCGUUUCCUACACUGAGAGCAAUGAUUGAAGUUCUGAACACCGACUCAUCCCUCAGUUGCAUCAAGAAGUCAUGACAGCUUAAUUUAUUUAUACAUUUAACAGGCAGGGACAUUAUGCUGAUUAAUUUAUUCCAUUUUUUUUAUCAAUGUGCCAUUAUGAACAAUUUGGGUACUUUGCCACUUUUGAUACCUUUCUUUUUAUAAAGCUACGAAGUUAAACUUGAACUGGUAUUUCUGCCACUGAAUAUAAAAUGUAGCAGCCUGAACAAACCAAAAUGUCUGACUAUAAUGUGAAGUCAACAAAAAACUACUGACACUUGGGAGAAUUGGAUUUUUUUGGGAUAUUUUAUUUAAGUCAUGUUCUUAUUUAAGCUAAUUUUAAAGCUGAACUCCAGGAAAACCUUUAAAUACACAGUUUUAAUAUACUGCAUGUGCUGUUUUACUUGCCCAGAGGACGGAGUGAUCGAACAUCGCUGAUCACUCGGUUCUGACCGCUCCCCGAGCAGAGAGCUGUGGACUGUCAGUCAAAGCUCUUUGCUAUGCUCCCUCUUCGCUCAUUGAAGCACUGGGCUUUGGCGGGAGCAGCUGGUACAACGGCUCGCUGAGAGGCUGAGCCGGGUGACAGUCCAGGCACCUGGUGGAUCCAGACUCCAUUGUCGCAUUGACGUGAUGUCUUGACAGACUUUUGUGACGUCAGCAGAGAGCGGACUUCAGCCUGCUCUCUGCUGAAAACGGGUUAUAAGAGUUCAAAACGAAUUGUAUUCCUUACAGCUUGGUCACAGACCUACCCCAUCCUGCUAAAAUAAAUAGGCAUCAUAUUUAUUACGUUUUAACACUUUUUGUCAGCAAUAUCUAUGGUUGGAUUAACAGCACUGCCAAGUUAAACACAAUUAAUUAAUGAAUAUAUAACUGGCAAAAAAAAGUACAGUAUUUUAUUUCCACCAGGAGUUCGGCUUUAAAGCAGUUGUUACAUUGUUUUUUUAAAUUUAUAAUAGUUUUGCUUUGGGUAACAAUUUUCUUUAUGCAAUCAAAAAUGGGUGCAAAUUUUCUUUAUUUUCUUCCUGAUAAUUGUUAAGAAGGUUUGGUUGUGAAGGCAUUAUUUUUUGUCCUGUUUUAAAUUAAAUCUAAAUAAAAAUUGCUAAUGUGAAUAAACAUUAACUGAGAUAUAA